UAGAGUCCAAACACCUACACAUUUGAUCUGACGUGGAGUCACGUUAUAUUUCAUGUGCGCUGCCAUAUUGGAAAAUUGAACUGAGGCAAGAGGAAGGAAAGAUGACGUCAUGGGUCACGCGACUACGCCAUUUUGCAGUAGGUGUCAUAUGCAGAGUACAGGUACUAGGCUUAUUGCGGAGAAUAUCAAUCAGCUGUCACUUACUGCGGAAAGAAGAUGUCUUCGAGAAAGAAGGUUUUGUUAAAAGUGAUCAUACUUGGAGACAGUGGUGUGGGGAAAACAUCACUAAUGAACCAGUAUGUUAACAAAAAGUUCAGUAAUCAGUACAAGGCCACCAUAGGAGCAGAUUUUCUAACCAAGGAGGUGAUGGUGGACGAUAGACUCGUCACAAUGCAGAUUUGGGACACAGCAGGUCAAGAAAGAUUCCAGAGUUUGGGUGUGGCAUUCUACAGGGGAGCAGAUUGUUGUGUUUUAGUUUUUGAUGUUACAAUGCCAAAUACGUUUAGAUCUCUUGACAGUUGGAGGGAUGAAUUUCUAAUACAGGCUAGUCCGCGUGACCCAGAUAACUUCCCAUUUGUUGUGAUAGGAAAUAAGAUAGACCUGGAAAACCGUGCAGUUACAGCCAAGAGAGCUCAGAGUUGGUGUAACACCAAGGGUGAAAUCCCAUACUUUGAAACCAGUGCAAAAGAAGCCAUAAAUGUAGAGCAGGCUUUCCAGACAGUGGCCAAGAAUGCCUUGGCACAGGAGAAUGAUGUUGAGCUGUACAAUGAGUUUCCUGAUCAAAUCAAAAUCACCAAUGAUCAGAACAAGCCUAAAGAAAGCUGUGGAUGCUGAUACAAUUUAGUUGUAUGAUAAGUGAUUUGAAUUGACAAAAGACAAUUUUCAGCUGUUACAGUUGUGAAAUGUCUCAUAUGAUUCCAGCAGUGAGAAUGAUACAUUGAUAAGUCCAGUGCUUGACUAAAUGUGUGAUUGGAAUGCUGGAGACUCUUGAAAUACUCUGCCAAGUUUGUGAUGUCUAGAUCCGAUUUGUGACUGUUCAUUACCUUACUGACACAUUCAAUGACAUUAUGGUAUUUUAUAAAAAAAAAUUUCAAAAUAUAUAUAUUUUUGCCAUGUUCCAUGUCAAUUUUAGAUUUGGGGAUAUAUUUGAUACAUUUUACAGAAACUGUCCCUGGUACCUUAGUUCCAUAGGUAGAACUGGAAAUGCCAAUGGUUUUGAACUGAAACCUUACAUGCAAGUUUUCACUGAACAUGUUUUCUGAUAAUUAUCAGACAAAAAAUUAAGCAUUGUUGACAAAUGGUUGGAUUAAACAUCAGUUAUCUUGAAUGUGUCAUAAAGUUAUUGAACUAUUCAGUACAAGGUCUAGAUCACAAUAUCACAUAGGGAUCAAACUUUACUAGUGAGUGGACAUGAUUCAAUCCUUCAGUAAUGUUGGGGACAUGUGUUUUAUUUAUAAUUUUGCGGCCAUUAUAGCAAUAGGAGACAAUACACGUCUUUAGGUGGCCAUCACUGUUGGUGUGAAAACCGCUGUUGGAUAAUCACUUGUUUUGUGUGACAGUUAUAUGGCUGAACAUUAUUUGCUGGUUUUACAACUUCUAAACUUUGAUUAUGGUGCAAUUAUUUAUUUACAUGAUAAUGAUCAAUAUUAAUUAAAAUGUGUUUGUAUCAGUGCUUGCUCCUAUAUUUGGGUUAACAGUUACAGAUGUAGUGAAUAGAAAUUAUGAACAUGAUAUUGGAGGCAGAUCAGACAGUGAUGUUAACUCUGCUUUCACAAAACCUUUUCCACUUGGCACUCUCUGCCUUUUAAUGAUAUUCGAUAACUUUGCCUAUAAUUAUGGUUCAGAUUUACUGUUUUCCCCAGUUGCUAUAUAUAUUGUUGAAUAAAUAUUCAAUUUCUUUCUAGUCGUAAUACCUUACAAAUGCCAACAUAGAAAAAAAGAGUCGGAGUCUGAUCAUUCUGCAUAUAAAACAAGGAAAAAUUAUUUGCUAUGCUUGACAUUUUAUGACAGAUUUAUUGAUGUAUUAUAAUUUGAUAAUUUUGAUGAAAAUAUGUGAAUAUGAACUCUGUUCUGCAGUCAGGUACACAGUGAUUUGUGCUUGGUCAGUUUUGGAAUUUUCUUGGAAAAUUCUGCUAGAAAGUUGAACUUUAUGGCUGCAAGGCAUAGCUACGAAGACCAAAUACUGCUUUACAGAUAAAAUGGAUAGUGAAGAAGAUGAGGCUGUAAAUAAAUAUUGUGAUAUAUGCUUAAAAGAAGAUAAUAUUCCCAAGACCACAAAGAAACAGAAUUACUGAAGAGAAGAAAUAGCACUCUGACAACCACCUAGAAACAGUAAUGCUGAAAACUGUUGUUUGUUAUAAUCCUACAUUAUCAUGAUGACCUUAUAACUCAAAGUAAUCCAUAGACGAACAAAUAUAACACUUAUUUAUAUAUAUAAAAGUUGAAACUUGUUCAAUUUAAAGUCCAACUUUUGUUUCCUCUAUUGUUUUGCCAGACUGACUGAUGAAGAAUGUUCUAGAGAAGCAGGCUUCAGUGGGAGUGUCAUGACUUGAUUCACAUUCUGCAUUGGUCACAAUCAGGAGUAUAUAUGUAAAUUUAUGAUUGAAAGUGAAGGGCAAGAUUUUAAAGUGGAUCAUCUCCCAUUUGACAGCAUUAAGGCAAAAGUAGAUAGAUUGAUUUGGAUAAUUAGGGUAUAAAUACUUAUAUGUCUGCUAUUCAAAAGCACCCUUUUGUAUACAUAUAGAUAAUGUACUGUUUUGUUCUUGAUGUAUAAUUUAUCCAAAAGUCUUAUUGCAUCUAUCCCAUCAAUGAAUGAAUUGUUGUAUAAAUUUUCUUAGGUGUAAUUGUGAUGUAAGGUGAGAUGUGUUGCAAGAAGUGUGGUAAAGAGGUGACAGUUAUCAAUCAAUUUAACGUAAAUAAAGAAACUUAAAAGAUAUCGAAUAAUUUUACAAUUUUUAGAAAAUUUCUAAUAGCCAUCAUGACAAUUAAAAGUUACUCUUUAGAAAAAAUAAUUUGGACUUUGUUUUGAUUUUAAAAAAAUAGUUCAAGAUUAUGAUUGAAUGGGUGAAAAUGUUGGAAUGUUGUUGUGUGUGUCAGAAAAUUUGCUUGACAUGGAGUGUAUACUUAUUAGUAGAAUAUGUACAUAGACAUUUUGUUACAACAGAAUACUAUAAAUGGUUGUCCAAUGGUAUAUUAGUACAUAUGAUUAACAGAAUAGCUUUCUACAUGCAAUUUCUACAGCAUAUCAUACAGAGAAGGUUUCUUCUCGCAGGAUGUCAUCUUGGUGAAUUCUACAAUUUUCACCUUAUUUUUUUGUCAUUACUUCAGACUUUAUUUUGCACCCUAUUAUAAUAAUAGGCUCUAGGGUAAGAAAUCAAAAGAAAAUUAAUUUUUCCACAAUUAAUGACCUGAUAAAUAAUUUUGAAAAAAAAAAAAGAAACAAAUUUCUCAUUUUAGCAUAUUUUCAUUAUCAAUAUUUGAUAACGAAUAGUGUACUCAUAGGAAGAGCUGUUGGCAUGUAUUUUCCCAAUUGCAAAACAAAAAUUAGCUGUAAAUUUUUGUAAGUUCGUAGUCAUCACAUCACAUCUAGAUAAUUGUCUAUACCUGUGAUGAACUAAAGCGGACUAGUCCUGCUACUCGUUUUGAUUAUUUUAUUGGAAGCUGGGUGCCUUUGUAAAUCUUUUCGGAGCUCUGCUGCUUAAUCUCUCAACAGAUCCUGAUGAAACCUUGAGCAUGUGAUCCAUUUGGAUGAUUUCUUUAGAAAAAUAUUUUAUAUCUGUGAGCUAGGGAUGUAAGUCUGUGACUCGCAGUUUAAAUUCAGUCAGUAAAGGGAAUCUGUUUCAAAUUAAUUUUACACAAUAAAGUAACUUCCACAUCUAUAACUAUCGACUAUAUUUUGUAGGAAUGUGCAUAUAUUGUUUUGGUGUCAUCCCAAAACAGGCCCGUUAAUACUACAAGGGUAUUUAGUAUUACCCGUUUAUGGGUUGUAUAGAUGUUGUCGGUCCAUUUUAAUACUAAAUACUGCAGACUCGAUGAUGUACGACAUCUUAAAACAGACAUUGUUUAAACCAAUAUAUAAAUCUAUAUUUAAUGCAUGCGACAACACUGUUUACAAAUACAUGCCAAUAGUAUGCAUGCAUCUUGUCAUUCUAAUGCUUAGAGAUGAAAUAUACGUACAAUGUACUUUAUGAAUAAAAUCAUCAGUAAAUCAUAAA